CAGGUCGAUAUUCAUUCAUUCGGCGGAUUCAGGUCCGGACGCCGCGCGUCGAGCGCGGAGUUCGCGGUAUAUGCACAACGGUAUGUGCGGUCAGUUCAGGUUGAGCAGGGCGUCGGCGGCCGUCGACUCGCCCUUGGACGCGAGCGCGGCGCGCAACGACGCCAACCCCAUAGGAGGUGGCGGCGUCGUCUGCAUCGGCGUCGGCUCGGAAACGGAGACGCAGCGCUCGGGCCGCGUUUUUGGUUUUUGCGGCGCCGAGGGCGUCACGGGCGUCACGGCGCAGAGCGGCGCGAGGCGCCGCCGCUUCGGCGUCUGGUAGUCCUCCGGAACGGCCUCGUCUCUAGCUUUCGCCCUCAAGAGAUCGUCGACCCUUUCCGAGAAGCUCCGCCGGUUCCCGUUCAUCCUUAUUUUACAGGGCGACGGCAGCUCGUUCGCCGGCGCGUCGCCCGACAGCGAGUACCCCUCGAAGAAACCGUCCUCGGAGUCGGAGUCGAAGGACGCUCUCCUCCGGACGGACAUGGUGGCUGUCGUCUUCCGCGCGCGUCCGCUGGCUGCGUGUCCUCUGAUUGUCAGCGUCCGCGGGCUGCGGGGCGGCGACCGUCGGCGGCCUCUGCAGUUGACGGAGCGCCGCCGGCUCGCGCGCGACCUUCGAAUCAGUUGGCUGAUGCCUUAGGAUUCGUGGCUUUCGCAGCGGGCGCCUCCGCGGGCGCUGGAAGCGCGCGGAGCCCGCCCAGUGGUGGCGUAGACUCUUCGCGCAGCGUAGGGGUCAAAACCAAGGCGGCACGCGCCCUCGACUGGCCGUCGACGCAGAGAUUAGAGAAUGAUACGGACAUAAUCACCUAG